GACCAGAGAGGCGGCUGCGUUCCAUUACGGUUGCCAGGCUUGGCUUCCUACUGUCGCUGGAUGGCAAGUACACGUCUUCUCCCCAAUUAGAUUUAUUGCAAGGAAAACUGACAAAACCAUACGUACGUAUGGAUCGUGCUAUAUUAGUCAUAUUUUUAACAAAUUGUCAUGAUUUUUUUAUUUUUUAUUUUUUUAUUAUUCUUUUUUAUUUUUCUUGUUUUUUUCAUUUUUUUAUUUCUGUUUGUUAUUUAUUUUCCUUCUUUUUAUUUUUACUUAAAACCGGCAGCUUUUAUUGAACUAUUAGCAUACACGCAACUAGGAUUUCUCAUUUCAUGUAACACAAUGUAAUGGUAUUUGGGGUUUUUUUAGUAUUAGACUUGUUAUACAACACAUAAAAACAAUGUUUAUGUAACCUGUAAUGUUGGAAGAUCAUAGCACUUACCGGAAGCUAACCAGAGUGCUUUGAUGUCAUUCUUGUCACGGCCAGCAGGGAGCGUUAUGUGCAUGGUAAUCGAAGCUGCGCUGUGAUGUACACUUCAUUUCAUUGUUCCCGUCCUUGAGGAUGCGCCAGUCGAGUAGUCUAUAAAGUAUAAUUUAAGAAUCGCCAUGGGGACGGUCACUGCAGCAGUAGCAGGUGUAGCACCCGUUGGGAGAAGGGCACUGGGGGGGCAGCAUGGCUCUGGAGAGGUCUGGGGACAGGCAACAAUAAAACAUGCAUCUACAGUAUCAGCGGUGAGCUCCAAAGCAAAGCCACCAUGCAAGAUUUGAUUUCCCUUCUGAGACUGCCGUGAAUCGGUUGUUGAACCUCUUGAAAAGUGUUGCAAGAAUCGUUUGGCGCGCCUCUUCGCACCGUCGCAAGUGUCACAUCUCCCAAGGCACGGCAGUUACUUUGGUUUCAUCGUAGCAACAGUAACAGAGCUUGCUGCCAUCGAGGAGGUAGGAGAUGUGGUAGACAGAAAGACGGAAUAACAUCAGAAGGACAAGUGUUUUUAGGCAUGGCACCUUGUUUUUGAAAGAUGCAGAAUAUUGAAAGUCUGCACUUUUUUAUAAUCGGCAAAUUGAAAGAAGAAAUGCUAUGGACUAGCAUGGUGCACCUUUUUGGAUUACAGUUCCAGGAGGGACUUGUAUUUCCUGGAGAUUCCCUGAGAAUGUUCAUCGUUGAUGGGUUUGUUCUCCAAAGGUAAGGCUUCCUGGAGCUUGGAUGGAUCCUACACUGGACAUAUGGCCGCUUCCUAAACAUUUUUGGCCUUAAGGGCCAUCCAUCCAUUGCAGGGUGGCUGGAAUCUAUCCUGUCUGUCCUGUAUUGUCUUCAGGGCUUGAACUGAACUGAUCAUAGGUCUGAUACAUGGAGCUACAACGUCGUUUGACUGUGGGAGGAACUUGAGAUGCCUUGACGAUGUCUUGAGAACCUGAGGCACCAGUUCAUACCUGCUGUACUGCUCCCUCAGUGAUUAUCAUUGCAGUAUUAAGCCAACCAAAAGAACUGUAAACGGUCAAUAUGUCCAACCAGGUUUUCCACAUCGACACAGAGCAGCCUGCGGAGUACCCUGUGGUGUACCCGUGUCAGGACCCUGGUGAUGCAACUGGCACCCAUAACACGCUGGCGCUCCCGCGUGGAUAUGGCCUUCUAAACACCAUCUGUCCCACCUUCACCCCCGACUCCUUGGAGAGGCUUUACCAGAGUUACUUCCGGCGGCAGAGACAGGAGAACAUGCUGGCGCUGAUGACAUUCGCUGCUCUCUUCAAUAGCUUCGUUGUCAUCAUGUGUGCGGUGGUUUACACCGAGGACAAACAGGCCAUGGUGCUCGUGGCCGCGGUGGGCCUGGCCGCCGACCUAGUCUUCCACGAGUUGUACCGGCUGCAGAAACUGCCCAAGUCGGCGGUGUCGCGCGGCGCUGUCCCCUACAUUCUGUGGUUGAUGGUUACUGCCCAUGUCCUGUGUUACUCUGGACUCAACUAUGCACGCUUCCCCCAAGCCAGUGACUCGGUGGGCUGGCAGGCCUUUUUUAGUUUCUCGACCUUCUUGAUGCUACCACUCAACCUGGCGGCGCUUGUUCUGCUGUCAGCUCUCGCCUGUGGGAUCCAUAUCCUGAUGCUGGGGGUGACUGUAGCUCAAAGGUUUGACGACAACCAGCGAGGACCCAUGCUGGUCAGGCAGCUUCUGGCCAACGCCAUGCUGUACCUUUGUGCAGCCGCAGUGGGGGUCCUGUCGUACUACAUGGCCGACAGGAAGUACAGGACGGCCUUUUUGGAGGCACGUCAGUCCCUGGAGGUGAAACUCACGUUGGAGGAACAAAGUGCCCAGCAGGAGGAAUUACUGUUGUCCAUCCUGCCCAAACACAUUGCCGAUGAGAUGCUGCAGGGCUUGAAGAAUCGUGCCGAUGAGAAUGAGGUCCAGCAGCAGCGGCAGCAGUUCAACACCAUGUACAUGUACCGCCAUGAGCAUGUCAGCAUCCUGUUUGCCGACAUUGUGGGCUUCACACAGCUAUCUUCCGCCUGCAGUGCACAGGAGCUCGUGAAGCUGCUCAAUGAGCUCUUUGCUCGUUUCGAUAAACUUGCCGAACGGCACCAUCAACUGCGAAUCAAGAUCUUAGGCGACUGCUACUACUGCAUCUGUGGUCUUCCCGACUUCAGAGAGGACCACGCCGCCUGCUCCAUCAUGAUGGGCCUCUCCAUGGUAGAAGCCAUCUCUUACGUGCGAGAGAAGACCAAAACAGAGGUGGACAUGCGAGUGGGCGUCCACACCGGCACCGUUCUGGGAGGAGUACUGGGCCAGAAGCGCUGGCAGUUUGAUGUCUGGUCUACGGACGUCACCGUUGCCAAUAAGAUGGAAUCUGGAGGGAUUCCUGGGCGAGUGCACAUUUCCCAGAGCACCAAGGAGAGUCUGCACGGAGAGUUUGAACUGGAGCCUGGCAACGGCGGUGAAAGAUGCGAGUACCUGCUGGAGAAAGGCAUCGACACUUAUUUAGUUGUGGUGCCAAAAAAGAAAGAUAAGCUCAAUGCAAAAACAUCCAGUGUUUUGUACACCGGAAAGUCUCACCUGCUGAUUAACACCACGUCAAACCACGGAGCCUCGUCACCGCCAGCGUCUGAGUCCAAACAGGAGAGGAACAGGCUGGUUGAAGAACAAGUCAUCAACACGCGCUUGCAGCAGGAGCUCCUGGAAAGAGAAACACGACAAAUAAUGAAGAACCUGAUCCAUCCUAUCUCGCUCCACUUUGUGGACAGAAAGCUGGAGGCGCUCUAUUCCUCCGAGAAGGAGAAGUGCAGCGGCGCAGCCUUCUGCUGCUGCGCCAUCGUGCUCCUCUUCAUCACCGCCAUGGAGGUGUUCAUAGAUCCCCUACUGAUUGAGAACUAUGUGACUCUUGCAGUAGGAGAGGGUCUGCUGUGCAUCCUCAUUGUGAGCUCCCUGGCCGCCAUCUUCCCCGAGAUGUUUUCCAAGAAGCUGGUGUCCUUUUCCAUGUGGAUUGAUCACACACGCUGGGCAAGAAACACGUGGGCAGUGGGGGCCAUAUUUGUCCUCACCAUGGCCACCAUAGCUGAUAUGCUGAGUUGUGUCCCUCCACAUUUCCGAGUGGUCAACAGCACAUCUGCCCUCACGCUGGAUGCGGUGGGAGAGUGCGCGGAGAACCCCAAGCACUACAGCUUCAUGUCUGUGAUGGUGCUGAUCGCCACCACCAUGCUGGUGCAGGUCAGCCACCUCGUCAAGCUGGGACUGAUGGCGCUGGUUGUCACGGCGACGGGAGCCAUCAACAUCUACAGCUGGGGGAGCAUCUUCGACCUUUACGACUUUGUACACUUUGCCUCCCACCGAGCAUCCAUGGUACCAUCCAAGUACCUCAUGACCAUGAUGAUCAUAGUCAUGAUGCUGAGCUUCUACCUCUUCUCCCGCCAUUUGGAGCGUCAAUCCAGGAAGUUGUUCUUGUGGAAGAUCGGCGUGCACGAUCAGAAAGAACGCGUGCUGGAGAUGAGACGCUGGAAUGAAGCGCUGGUCGCUAACAUGCUGCCAGAGCAUGUGGCCAAACACUUCCUCGGCACCAAAAAGAGAGAUGAGGAGCUGUACAGUCAGUCGUACGAUGAAGUGGGUGUGAUGUUCGCUUCCAUCCCUAACUUUUCGGACUUUUACACCGAAGAGAGCAUCAACAACGGAGGCAUUGAGUGCCUCCGCAUUCUCAAUGAGAUCAUCUCAGACUUUGACAGCUUGCUAGACAGGGACGAGUUCCGCAGCAUCACCAAGAUCAAGACAAUAGGAAGCACCUACAUGGCGGCGGCGGGACUCACCCCGAAAAGCAACGCCACAAACGUCCACUGCAGUCACAAGCCAGAGGACCAGACACUUAUGGAGCACUGGCGGCACCUCGCUGAUCUGGCAGACUUUGCUUUGGCUAUGAAAGUCACCCUCAAUAACCUCAACAAACAGUCCUUCAAUAACUUCAUGCUACGGAUCGGUCUCAACAAAGGCGGGGUUUUGGCAGGCGUGAUCGGAGCUCGUAAACCUCACUAUGACAUCUGGGGAAACACGGUCAAUGUGGCCAGUAGGAUGGAGUCAACCGGAGUCAUGGGAAACAUUCAGGUGGUGGAGGACUGCUAUGACAUCUUGAAGGAUUAUGGCUUCCGUUUUGUGCGACGGGGGCCCAUUUUUGUGAAAGGGAAAGGGGAACUACUGACCUUCUUCAUGAAGGGGAAAGAACUAAACACAGGUAACACGGGCCUACUGGGUACGACUCUUCCUCACCAGGUUGUGCACGUUUUCUGAUAUCUAGAAAGGACAUGACCAUGAUGGACUCAAUAUUUGGAUCCCAAACGUGAGAUUUUUUUAUUGGUAUUGUUCUUAUUCUCCUCCCCGCCUAUUGCCAACUGCUGUCCUGUAUGUACUGUGCUGUUAAUGUGCAGGUCACAUUAUGUAAAUGGUGUGUUCUUGAGGCUUUUUGGAGGUUUUUUCAGAAAGCUUUAUAGACGGAAUAGAUGUGUCCCAUUACAUGCAUUCUUAGCUUCCUUCUUUUUACUGUUUUUAUAUCUUUAGAAAGCACAGAUUUAAAAAACGACGUGUGUGUUCAUGCCUCACAUAAGGAUUGUGGAUGAUGGGGAAAAUUUCCCACAAAAUGCAGAUUUCCUUUAAAAGUGUAAAUAAGGGACUGUUCAUUUAGUUUUUUUCAUCCCUGAGCUCAAGCUUUGGAAAAGCAUGUAGUUUGGCCAUCAUUUAUAGUAUUACUAAUUAAAUAAGUUUGCACUAUUUUAUCAUUUU